UCUCAUUUUUCUUGCUGAGGUAAUAAAAGGAAAUACAUUAAUGAUUUUGUUUCAGCAUCCCCUAUCCAGUUCCUCUGUUGCAUGUAGGUUCACGAGCCAGCAUUAAGUUCGAAGCAAAGGAUAAUGGUGUUUCCAGCAAGUAGUGUCACAACAAUGAGAAGAUUCAAUAACACUUUCCGUCACUCCAAUGGCUUUGUUCUGGUGGGCUUCUCUGAAUGGCCCAUGGUUCUUUUUGCGGCCAUCUCCAUUUUCUACAUAAUGACCCUCCUUGGGAAUUCAGCCAUCAUCAUCUUGUCACGUCUUGAUCCCAGACUUCACACCCCCAUGUAUUUCUUUCUGGCUAAUCUCUCUUUUUUGGACCUUUGCUAUACUACCUCCACUGUCCCCCAGAUGCUGGUCAACAUACAGAGCCACUGGAGAAAUAUCAGCUACAUAGGAUGCAUAGCUCAACUUUUCAUCUUCCUUGGUUUAGGAUCCACUGAAUGUGUACUUCUCUCAGUAAUGGCCUUUGAUCGUUAUGUAGCUAUCUGCCAGCCUCUCCACUACACAGUUAUCAUGCAUUCCCGGCUAUGCCAACAACUGGCAGCAGUGGCUUGGGUAACAGGUUUCAGCAACUCUUUGGUGCAAACAGUGUUGACUUUCUUGUUACCUCGCUGUGGUCAGUAUCAGGUGGAGAAUUUCUUCUGUGAGGUACCUGCCAUGCUUCAAUUAUCAUGUGUUGAUACAUGGAUCAAUGAAGUGGAAAUGUAUGCUGCUGUGGUGGUCAUAAAAGUUAUCCCAGUUGGAUUAAUUCUAUUCUCUUACAUCAACAUUGUCAGAGCAGUGGUAAGAAUCCAAUCUUCUGAAGGUCGCAAGAAGGCCUUCAACACAUGUGGGUCUCAUCUGCUGGUGGUCAUUAUGUUCUAUGGCUCAGCCAUUAGUGGUUAUGCAUAUAUGGCACCCAAGAGCAAUUCAGCCAAAUUGAAAGGCAAGCUUCUUGCACUCUUCUAUGGACUUAUAACUCCAAUGCUCAACCCCCUCAUUUAUACCUUGAGAAAUAAGGAUGUUAAAGGAGCAGUAAAGAAGCUACUGGGGAGAGAACAAGAGCAAGGGUGGAACAUGGCUUAGG